GCCCCUCCCCCAGAAGAUGGCGAGUCCGUGCGGGCGGCAGGAGUGCUCCAUCGACAGGCGCGGCUUCCGCCACCAGCUCGACUCGUGGCGACACCGGCUGCUGCGCUGUGUGGGAUUUGAAAGUAUUCUAGAAGGGCUGUUUGGACCUGAAUUAUUAAAAGAUCUGAGUUUGUUUAAAGACUUUGAGCCUGAAGGUGUCUCUGAUUGGUCUUUUGAUGAAAAUUGUCUUUUCUGCUGUUUGAGGAGAGAGAAAGUGAAGGAAGAUGGAUAUGAAUCUGAAGUGUCCCCUUACUUGAUCAUGCUGGAGGAACACCUAGUCAGUCUGGAUGAGCCAGCUUUGGAAGUUGGGCACCAAGCUCUGCUUAGACAAGAGCAAGCAAAGAUCAUUCGGUUCGAGAGGCAAGCGGAAGAAUUCCUCCAUGCAGUCUUUUAUCGAAAAGACAGCCCUAGGGUCUCUGACCCCAACAUUCCCUUAGUGGCCCGCGAGAUCAUGCAGCGGAUGAUCCGACAAUUUGCUGCUGAAUAUACCUCAAAAACUAGCUCUACUCAGGACUCCAGCUCGCCCAAUAGCACAAAGAACCAAAGCCUGCUGAAAGCAUCUCUGGUUGCCUCAUCCCCUGCGGGUGCAACGGCUCAAAACCCUGUGCUCAGCAAACUUCUCAUGGCUGACCAGGACUCGCCCUUGGACCUCACUGUCAGAAAGUCUCAGUUGGAUCCUAGUGAACAAGACGGAGUGCUUGACCUGUCCACUAAGAAAAGCCCUUGUGCAGGCAGCGCCUCCUUGAGCCAUUCACCUGGCUGCUCCGCUACUCCUGGGAAUGGUGAGGACGCAACAGAGGCAAUAGCAAUAGAUUGUCUUGGCCAGCCAAAAUCUCCGCUGGAAAAAUUUAUGGUACGACUGUGCACGUAUCACCAGAAGCACUUCGUCCGUGUCCUGAACGACAUAUGCACUGAAGUACAGACCGGCUGCGAGGGGCAGCAGCCGUUACCUGGACCUGAAAAUAUGGAUGUGUCUGCUUGUAGCUCAGGCUGCAGUCAGUAUCGCACUGAGAACCAGGAACUUGGGACGUCUUGCUCUGACUCAAAGCUCCCGUCAUCCUUGGACCCAGAGCAGUCAGGCCCUCAUGGCUCUCUGCGCAUACUAUGCCAUGCCUUGAAGCAGCAGGCUGUGGAUCUGAAACCUACAGACAGGAGAGAAAGCUGCAGCCCAGUUGUCAGAAGAGACUUCCCUGACCUUUCUAGCAUUAGAGCAAGUUCUGUGAGUCCCAGGGACAGUCCCACUCAGGGAUACCUCACGGCCUCCAACUCCCAUCACUCCUCUAAAAGCCUAGAAGGGCAAACCCCUGGGAGUGAGCAGGAGAUGGGGCUUAGGAAAGGCGAGGAUGACAAAGACCUGAUUCAAAGCAGAGCUUUGCUGGCAGGCUACAUUGCCGUGAAAGCAUCCAACGUCAAUGCUGGUGAGGAUAGUCUGGAGGGUCGCGUUGGCUCUCAGAAGAAUCCGUUCAAAGCUUUCCCAGAGGAGGCCCGAGAGCCAGCCUUCACCACGAGCUCCCCGCGGAGAGCAGACAAAGAGAAUGCCUUGCAGUGCAGCUCCAAAGCCUCUCUGCACCAGGAUACUGACAUGCAUGACCAGGAAACGAGGCCCAAGGCAGAAAACCUCCACCAGGCUUCGGGGAAGAACAAGGUCAGCUACCCCAUGCAUCCUGUUGACAAGACUCAUGUGGAGAACGCCAAAGACAGUGGUUGGCUGCCCACUAGUCCCGUGCCAGUGGUGCACCACAAAACCACCAAUGGACACGCCCGGGCCAAGAGCAUCUCGGCCUCCACCAAAAGUACUCGUAAGAGCAAAAGGUCUUCAGGGUUAAGAAUUAAUGACUAUGAUAACCAGUGUGAUGUUGUUUAUAUCAGCCAGCCAAUUACAGAGUGCCACUUCGAGGGCAAGAGGACAGUGUCAUCUAGGAAGACGGCAAGAAAGAGCACACGAGGAUACUAUUAUAACGGUGAAUGCUGUGAGCUCCCCACAGUUCGCACCUUGGCUAAGACUUCCCAUGUACAAGAGACUGGGAACACCCUGGCACCAAGGCCUGAGGUGCUAACAAGCCCUAGCCAGGGGGUUUCUCUUCCAGCUGAUAGCUGCUUGGCAGGAGCCCAAGCUUUGACUGGUGAUGGUGACAAAAGGUCUUCCAUUGUGUCCCUCCCUCAAGAAGAUUCCAUCAACAAAAAGAGUCAGGACGGGAGAGAUGAACAACAUCCAGCUGAAAGCAUCCUUCCGGAGGACAGUUCCUUGGAGCAGAGAGAAGUCAGUUCUGCUGAAGUAUCCACAGUGACUGUCUCCCCAUUUUCCUGCUCGGUUCUGCAUGAGGAGGAAGGCAGUUUGCCUCUUUCUUCCCUUCAAACCACUGCUGUCUCUUCCCCACACCAGAGUGAAGGAGAACUGCAGGACAAAACUCCUACAGGCACUGUGCUGCAGGCUAGUCAGGAUAUGGACUCUAGCAGAUCAAAUGAAGACGGUGACAAUGCAGCAGAUUCUGUACCAUUGUCUGUCCCUGGAGCUGCUAAUAGUGAGGAAAGCUCUCCAUGCUUAGAGAAGGUGCCUACACCAGAGCCUUCCAUUUGUGCAGACCAGGAGCCUCCUGUUAGCGUGGACCUGCUGCCCUCUGAAGAGUCUGCAGCUGAAAUGGAGUUGCUGCCUCCACUGGAGGAGCCUGCUUCUGUUGCUGACUUGCCACCAUUUGUGGAACCCCCACUACUUUCCCCUGUAGACCUGGCAGAGCCCCUGGCAGAGCCUCUUGCUCAUGGCAGUCUGGACUCUUUGGUGACCCUCCCUGCAGAGCUGCCCUCUAUCCCAGGGAGUUUGGGUCUUGAGGAGCUUGUUGCUGACUCAAGGACUGGGUCUCCUGUGAUACUUCCUGCUAGUGCAGUGACUGAGUCUCCUGCCCAUAUUGAGCUUGAGCCCUCAGACGUUCCUUUGAUAGAACCUCCAGUGGUGGUACCUGACAUGGUGGAGUCAGAGCUUCCUCAGCCCCUGUCUGACUUGGUUCCUGCAUUGCUCCCGGUCCACUUGCAAUGUGCUAAUGCACAUGAAAGCAUGGAUCCUGAAACCAGGAUUGAAGGUUCUCAGGACUUGGAGGAAGGCCUAGCUGGGAAAAGUGGGGCUAUGUUGCCUAUAGCAGAUAUUGGUGAAGAUUGGGGAGGGGGAACUGUAAAAGAGGCAAGCAAGACAGAUGAGGGAAGAGAAACUGAGAGCGAAGCUCCCCCAAUGCUCAAAACAUCAGAGACAGGCAACAAGGGGGAGGCUUCUUCCAAAGCACAUCCAGAGAAAAAACGAAAGAGGAAGACAAAACCCCAAGUUACAUCUGAUCGCUGUCUUCGAAGUCAACAAUCGCUGUUGCCCACGGAGGACAGUACUGAGCAGCCUAGCUCUUCCACCUCUCUACAGCUUCCUCAGCUUCAGAUCAAGCUUUCUAAAAGCCCUGGUACUAAGCGUUUUAAGAGAGAGGUUCAUCUUGACGGGGCAGCAUCUGUGUGUGUUCCAAGUGACAAGUUCCACAAAACGCUACUAAAUGACAUUGGAAACACUCUUGAGCCGCAGGCAGGUGAGGGAAAUGACAUCACAAUGAGACAGACUUAUAAGACACUGUUAGCAAAGGAGACUGCAAUAGAGGAAAGCCAGGAUGCCGAAGGCAACAAGACUAAGCCAGCAGCGAUGCUUGAAAUCUGUUUAGAGGCUAAUUCUGACAAGAGAAGUGUUCACGUCCCAGUAGGAACUUCUGAGAAGGGAGAAAAGCAGACAGAUUUAACAUUGGAAGAUCCAGAGAAUUCUGACAGUAUUAUGGAUGCUAAAAAGGUGUUGCGCACCCAGCGUGGGACCAGUUGUCCCCCGUGUCCUAGUAGCAAGAAUGAGUGCAAGCAUGCACCACCAGAGAGGUCGAUGAAAUACAAUAAGCCAGUCCUCCAGUUCUAUAACUUGAGACACACCCCUGCCCCAACGCCUGUGGUCAAUGCCCAAAAAAACGUGCCAGGAAAGGAAACUAUACAAGGAGACUCUAAUGUCAUGAAUGUACAAGGAGACGCUAGUGUCAUGGACCAAGAAGAUUCAGGGCAUGAAGAUCCCGUUGGCUUUAGCAGCAUGGAGUCACUGUCUGACAACAAGCCAAAAUUUGUGGACUGGUGUGCUGAGGAAGAGAACCAAGAACUCAUCACUGACUUUAAUACCCAAUAUAUGAAAGUCCAGAAAGGGUGGAUUCAGCUGGAGAAGGAGGCUCAGCCAGCUCCAAAAGUCAAGAAUAAAUCUGACAAGCUGAAAGAGAUUUGGAAAAGCAGGAAGAGGACUCGGAAGUUCAAAGGGUCCACUGAAGUCCAGAAGCUCUCCCCUGUUCAGAUGCUGUUUAUGAAAGCUUUUGAUGUACCCAAUAUCUGCAAGUGGUUUAUGGAGACGACUGAAACCAAGUCCCUGGUCAUUGUGAAGAAGCUGAACACACGUCUUCCAGGAGACAUGCCCCUCAUCAAGCUUCCACUCCAGAAGGGCUGCUCCUCUGGCAUCUAUUCCAGCUCACUUCAAGCUGAACGUCUAAAGAAACAUCUAAAGAAGUUUGCUGCAAUGACUCCAGCCAAAAACACCAUAAAGACCCAAAAGCUGUGGGCCAGGCUUCGAGACAGCACCGAGGAAACAGAGCCAGAACAAGGUGCCGGUCCAAAGCAGACACCCCCGUCAGAAGUAAGUGUGGAGCAUGGUGUUGAAGCCAAGAGUUCCCAACCCCCUCCUAGCAUGCCGAUGCAGACCAGCUCACGGAUCCUGCAGAAAUACUCCAACCUCCGAGGCAAACUUCAUGGCCUCCGCAGAGUGGUCAAGCAGGAGAAGAGUGACGUCGUGGCAAAGCAUUCCUUACCUGAAAGCAAGCCGCCGAGCGGCAAGAGCCUGAGCAUUAAGCCACUGAUGUCGCCAAAGCUGGCCCAGCCGGUCAAAGCCACUUCACCUCCCACCAGAUCCAGUCUGGUUGAGAAAGGAGGAAGAGGAAGAAAAGGGAAAGGCAGGUUACAGGAGGACGCCUCCUCUAAAGGCAACAUUCAGCCAAGCCGAAAGAAGACACCAGUUGAGAGCAGCAACAGGUCGCACGGGCAGCUGAGCAUUUUGAGCAAAGAAAAGGUCCCUCUGAAGAAAGCCAGUAAACUGAAGCAUGUGGGAGCGCCUACUACCAGGAAGCAGGCAGCUGCGGAGAAAAGUAAUAAGCAGACAUUGCGGAACGAGAAGGCAAAGAAACCGAGUGACAUGCGGCCUGGGAAAAGGAAGCCUGCUGUCCAGAAGGGGAAAGGGAAUCCCACUCCAAAGGCCUCCCUGCCUUCCAGACAAGAAGGCCCCGCUAAGCCUGUGAAGCCCAAAGUGGUGCGGGACUCCUCCAGCCGGUCUCUUAAAGUGCCUGCUAAAAAGGCAAGCGGUGGCAAAGCUCUGACUAGGUCAGUGAAGAGCGUUCAGGAGAGCAGCAAAGCCCAGAGCAAGAGGAAGCUGAGGGUCAAAAAAGACUCUUCACCCAGCAAGCGCAGGCGGCUGGAUGCCAAGUAACAGGCUUGGGUUGGGGAGGAGAUAGGUCAUGGGACCCCUUCCUCAUGCAUUAAGUAGACCCAUUUCUGAACAUGGAGGGAGGGCAAGUGCCUAGCUAAAGGCCCAGCCGCUCUCCUUGAUUUUGAGGAGACCCCCCCAGCUGUGUUGCAGCCAUAGGGGGCACCAUUCUUCUCUGCUGCUGAGAAGGGAAGUUACUGCUUUUGAAAGUUCCUAGAGUUGCACUGGGAGCCUGGCAGUUUCAGUUCAAAGUACAGUGCCUUAUUUAUCCUUUUAGGAAGUAAAUAAAUCCGUCUGUGUGACUUAAAAGCUGGCAGUUUAUAGUUAAUGCACAAGCACUUGUACUGUAAUUGAAAGAGAGCUACCUUUCAUCCUAUAGACCUUGGCAGCCCUUCUGCUGGACUACGUACAGGAGCCUUUUCUUCCUGUUGUGCAUUGUAGCAUCCUGGCGCUGUUUGAUCUCAACGGGGCAUUUUGAAGCCAAAACCCAAAGUGUUUUUGUCCUUUAAUGCUGUUCUUUACUAGCAGAUCAGAAUGGUGGAUUUUGUUAAGGUAUUAACAGCUGGCCCCCUUCUGCAGCUUUGGGAUCUAGGGAUUGGCUAUAACCUAGCCUGUCCCUUGUGUCAAAACGAUGCUGUUUCUGCAGUGUCUACAGUGACUGGCAGCCAUGCUUGACCAACUUUACCUGUAUAAGAGAGGAACUGGCCCCAUUGUUCGGAUAGCAAACCCUUUCCUAUUAGUCCAUGCACAUUGCCUGUCUCUUCAGACAUUGCUCUUUACAGGCAGGCACCUUAAGACUUGCGUUUUAAAAUGCAGUUUGAAUACAUUUCAGAAUGGUUCUAUUCCUGCCUGAUUUACUUUGAGACCCAUGUUUGGAAUACCCAUGAAAGAUGGUUGGCUGAAUUCACUUCUCAGCAGUGAAACUGAUGGGUAUAAAACCAUUCUAAUGUGAAGUUUGCAUGCAUC